CGCAAGACAGUGAUGAAAAAAAGAAAACAUCGGUAAUUGUUAUUGUUAGCUUGUUAGCUAGCAGUCGAACUGGUGAAUGGAGAUAUGACAGAGUAAUAACGUCUUAUUACAUGUGCACGAUUAAGUUAUUACAAACGUAAAGUGAUGGAGGACGGAAACAGGAGUGAUGCUGCUUCCACAUCCAAGAGUCACGCAGGCUCACUCCACCUGCAGACUCCCAAAAAUGAGGAUGCCUAUGAAAUUGCCAUUCCCUAUGAGGAGAGCAACUUUGAGCAGCAAGGUUUUUUCAAUCAAAGUGAUCAGAACUUUGAUGAGUCGCCCCCAUCUGCUGGCCCGUCUCCAGUAAACAACUCAUACAUGGUGAUCACCAACCUGCGGACCCAGCUACAGAUCUCUCUGGAGAAAAACUCUUGGCUGCAGAAAAGGAUUGAGGACUUGGAGGAGGAGAGGGACUUCCUCCGUUGCCAGCUGGACCGCUUCAUCUUUUCCACAAAGAGCCAGGGACAGGAGCAGAGUCAGAGCCAGUACAGUAAUGGUUAUGAAUCCAGACGAUUCAACUGGAGGGCAAGAAGAGAGGAAGAUCGUCCCGUUGAGCAACAGAAGACGGAGUCUCAGCAUUUUCCCUCACGUCAGUUUAUCCAGCGAAGGCCUGGCCCUCCAACCAUGGUGCCUUCCAAAAACAAUGUCUCCAAUCCACUAACCACUCAGCUUGCCUCUAUAAAUGCUCUGUUCAACUCUACACAAUCCCAGGCCCUCUUGCAAGGCCAUAGCCAUAGUACUCCCAACACCACAGCCAGCGGGAGCAGCGGCAACAGCAACAGUGCUGCAAGGUCAUCCAUGAAUGAAAUGAGUGGGCAUAGCAACAUGGGUCCAGAGUCCCUUUCACUCUUGGGAGAAUCUGAUGAGUACUUGGAGCAGGAGGGCUACCUCGAGGAGGAGGAGUUGAUAUCAGGGGAAGAUGUAAUGCAAGACACCAUUAACAGCAACAGACACCAACUAAAGAGAAGACGGGUCUUCCGAGCCCCUAGAGAGAGGCAGAGAGUGAAAGACGCUGCUGGAGUGCUGUUUCGCUACAAGAAGAUCCUGCUAACAUACCAGCGUCUGAAAAAUAUGUCGAAAGCCUUCCAAAUCCACGGUGUGGACCGCAACACGGUGGCUUCCACCACACCCAUCGCUGAGCUGCUACUAGUGGCCCCAGAAAAGGUGGCAGAGGUGGGUGAGUUCGACCCAUCCAAGGAGAAGCUGCUGGACUAUGCCCGGCGCUGCUACACGGCCCUGGAUGAGGAGACACUUAGCAGGGUGCAGGCCCUGAAGAAGAAUAACCUGCUCCUGCCCAUCUCCUACAGGUUUAGACACUGAGCAGAGAAGGACAGAGGAAUGGGACAUCUCUCUGGAAAACAUAUGAACUGCAGCUGAGCUCCUUUGUUUUUCAGACAAACUUUUAGCAUCUCACUUUUUAUUAUCAAUAUGAUGUCACUUUCUUUGACAAAUCUAUCACCAUUGUUCCAGUAAUAUAGAGGAUGUGGGAGUGUCCGCUGCAGUCGGAAAGGGAAAAAAAUGGUUGUCAUUGCUCAAAGAGCGAAUGUGGCAUGUCUGUGAUUCAGAAUUUCUGGACACGAGUGUGUCUUUACGAUUGGGAUUAUAGAGUGUAACCAACUUAGCUCAUUCAUGUUUCAGCCUUUGCAGAGAUACACUGAUCUUUUCUAACCUGAACAUCUGGAUCAGCUUGUGGUUGGUAGUUCAUUAAUUGAUUGUCUCGAUCAUUUCAGCUCCUGACAGUGUAAAUGAUUUUUAAGCGUAGCCAUUUUUAUCACUUUAUGUGUGCAAUUAUGACAUGAUCCCAAAAAUAUGGUAGCUGUCAAUCACAAUGUCUGUGUAUGUUAAAAUUAUGUUGCACUUAAUAGAUUUUGUAGAGUUAUACUGUAUUUUUAAGAAGUCAUCCAAAUUUUGUUUUGUUUAUAUUGCUCUGUGUCUUUGUUAGAUCAUUUUUAGCAUUGUCAUUAUAUCCUCAACCAUUUUCACUUGCCUUAAAGCAAUUAUGUGAUCUCCUCGUGUGAGACAAGCAACAGUUUUGGACCACUUUCACUUCCUGAACACCCUGAAGAGAAGGACCGUACAGACUACAGUAAAGACAAGUCCAACAUUAGCUGCAGAUGCAUUUCUGACAGUAACAUACUUCUUGCAACAAGAUUCACGUCUCUUAGAUAAAAAUCAAAGACAGACACAUAUGUUGGUAAUAUUGUGUGUGUUUGACUCACUUUAGCCCAGUUUUAACAAGAAUACUGCUGCAUUACUCUGAUGUUCCACUAAGGGUUGUACCAAACCUUUUUGUAAAUGAUCUGCACUAAAACACAGUAAAUGUCACUUCUUAUGCUUCUCUUAUUGGGGCUCUUGCUGUAAUGCUUUUGUGACAAUUAUACCUUUUGUAAAACAGCACAGAGCAUUUACUAUAUUAGCUAUUUGUAACUUUGUGUAACUUCCGGUUCUGUGUGGGAAAAACUGGGCAUUAAUCACACAAACAAUUUUAUAGUGUGAGUUACGGCAUCAGCAAAGCAACUAGCUUGUGCCUACAGAGGAUCUAUUAUUGUUUCCCACUACAAAUGCAUGUAAAAAUAAUAGCUAAUUGAUGGUUUGUAGUUUAUAGAGGUCAAAAUCUAUAAUUCUCAAAGCAGCAGACUGUUGAUUAUAUUGUACAAUAAUGUGUGGUGUUUAUACCGGUACAGUGAAAUUAUGACAUCUCAUAUUAAAUCAGAUAAGGGAACAGUGGAAUACAGUGAUUCUUGGUUUAAAAUUUCCUAAAACAUUUUUCUUAAAAGUAAAAAUAGAGGUGCUUCAAUCUGUGGAAAUUACACACAUUCAGUGUCUGAUUGUAUG